CGGUGACUAAGUCGCCGGGGCCGGGCAGCACCAGGGGUAGUCCGUCGGUUGUGUUGUAGUCCCCUUAAAUUACUGCUUGCAGUCAGUAGUGGAUCCGCAGUUCUUGUAUGUUGCCGUGCCGUUGUGUGUCACUUUCUGGCCGUUGACGGGAGCGCACUUGCUGGUUUCUGGUGUAAUGGAACUGGAUAAAAUGGACGAAAACGACUGGAAGUAUCACGGAGAAGGAAACAAGAGUCUGGUGGUCUCACACGUACAGCAUCCCAGAGUUCUGCGCCUACUCAAGUAUCCAGCAGAGGACUCUGAAAACCCUCCACAGACAGCAGAGCAGGCGUACAGGCAGAUCCAGAACAUUGUUGACUUCAGCUCCAACGUGAUGAGCAGCCUGCUCGGGGAGAAGUUUAUCCACAGCGGGGAAGUGGUUAAACUGCCUCUCGAGUUUGUGCGACAGUUAUCAAUCAAAGUCCAACAUCAACGUCCAGCGUGGCGCUGUGAUAAGGUGAUGGACAUCUACAGUGGGUGUGCUCUCUGUCUGCCCAACCUGACGUCUCCAGCCCUCCACCAGCCGACACACACUCCCCCACUCUGCAUCGAGAUCAAGCCUAAAUGCGGUUUCCUGCCAUCCCCCAAACAUGUCAGCAAAGACAUCAAGACCAAAGUGUGUCGCUACUGCAUGCACCAACACUACAAGGUGGCCAACGGGAAGUGGAAGAGACGCAGUUUUUACUGUCCACUCGACCUGUUCUCAGGGAACAGACAGAGAAUGCACUUUGCCAUCAGACACCUGAUAGAAGAACCUCAGAACAACUUCAAAGUAUUCAAGGGCGGUCAGUGUAUUUACAGCAGUAAGGAAGGCAGCGACGAGUCGCCGGACAUGAACUCUCUGCUGCAUCAUCUCAGACCUUACUUCCUACACACAAACAAUCGAAUGAACAGUCACGUGACCAGCAAAGCAGUCCUGAACGACUUCAUCCAGGUCCUGGUGAAUGCCCUGCUGAGCAGUGGAGGAGGAGAUGGCAGUGUGGUGGCGGACAGACAAGCGGAGGGGCGGGGUUUCUGUGAGGCGAGCAUCUUCAACAAAGAGAGGAUUCGCCACGGUUCUCGAGGUUUACCCAGCGACAGUGUUUUGUUCAGGAUCCUUCAGACGCAAAUGUUGGACACAUUGGACAUCGAAGGACUUUAUCCUCUUUACCGCCAGGUGGAGCAACACCUGCAGGACUUCCCCAAAGAGAGGACUCGUCUUCAGAUAGAAGGACCGUACAACGAAGCGUUCUUGGAGAAGCUGCAGAAAUGUCCGUCAGAGAACGACGGCUCUGUGGAGUACGCUGUUGCAAAGGUGCACCAGUACCGUGUGGCCAUGACAGCCAAGGACUGCUCCAUCAUGGUCGCCCUGGUGCCCAGCAGUGAGGAGGAAGAGGACAAUGAAAGUCUUUCCAGUCAGAGGCAGCUCAGGGACUUCAGACCUCCUGCUUUCUCCUAUUCGGCCUCCAUCCUGGAUUUGGACCCAAAGCCGUUUGACAGCAUCCCCCGCCAGCUGCGCCUGGACCAGAAAAUCGUCUCCUGUUAUCUGAGGACUGGCGGUGCCUUGCCAAAGGGCCCUGUGAGAGAGAAGGAGGACUGCACGCUGCUCUUUCACCCCAUGUGAGCGCCCAGUCUGAGUCCUGAAGAGGAGGUUAACUGCGGCCCUGAUGCCUCUGAUGAAGAGGAGAUGCAGCGUUGGUGGGAUUUUGACCACCCUCAGCGCAGAGCUGCAGCUCCUCACCGCACCUCUGUUGCUGCUCUGCAGGUCACCUCAGAAUAACCAGAUAUUUGAGUGACUUCCAGGUGUUUCUGUUACUGAUUCGAGAGCAUUUGUAUCGCCCCAUCGGGAGGUGAAUUCGAACAUCUGUCAUGCUUUAUUAAGAGCUUCUCCUGCUUUAAUAAAGCGUAUGGUGACAGUUAAGAAUUAACCUCCAGAUUGCUGCAUGUGGCAGUGCUGCAGAAGACAGAGAAGAGGGGAAGUGAUGGAGAAGCAGGUUGUUGGGCUGAUGUCAGUUGAUGUCAGAGGUUUGAUUCUGAGCAGGCUUUGCUUCCGUGCUGAAAGAGGUGGCGUGAUGUUUGGUCAUAAGCGAAACGCUGCCUCCCUGUUUGUCCCAAACCCCCAUUGGUUUAAUCUGCUAAAUAUGUGAAAGGUCAAGCCGUGAAGCAACAACACAAACCUUCCAAAGUGGAUACAAGCAGAAAGCUGUGUUCAUGUCACUCUGGAGCCACUUUCAUUUUCAAAUUGUUAUUUGGCUUCAUAAAAAUGGACUCACAGUGUGCCAGUUUUGGUACAUGUGUCCUCUUGUGAAAGUUUAACUAGAUUGAUCAGAGAGGUGCCUCCACUCCAGUAAUGUUGUGUUGUUGAUGCUCACAGUCAGUCUUUUAUUCAGGAUUAGAGGAGUAAAACAAGGGUCUGGAUGGUACUGUUUGAUUAAAAAUAAUAUAGUGUCUGAGUAAAUGAAAAAAGUUAGCAAAACUGAUUCAAUCUACAGUCUGAUGUGACUGUGUCAGCAACACUGAGCUUCAUGAUGUACUCAGGUAAAGUGACCCUUUUAGGUACAGCUGGGCC